AUGACCUGGAAAAGUUUCCCGCUGUUCCACCAUGACUACUGCCUUACAUCAACUACAUUCAUUCUCCUUUUUCUCUUGCAUUUGAUCGCAACUGUGUCAGCUGAUUCUACUCUUUUGACCUUCACCGAUGACAGCUGCCAGCACUCAUACAGAUCCAUCGAUGGCCCAGAUGGGCAUACCGAAGGGCUGUGUUCUGAGCUGCGCAGCAAUGGCAACAUGAGUAGUUUUCAAGUGACUAAAUUGAAUACUGGCUGUGCAGUUACCAUCUACGCAUCUGAUACCAUUACCGAUGAGCCCUGUUCUGCUACAGUGGUCGAAGUGGCUGAAAGAUAUAAAUGCUAUAACAGCUCUUGGGUUUACUAUAGCAUUGACGGGUGUACUGGAUCUGGGGAUGAUAGUGACUCUUCCUCUGGAUCCUCUGGCAGCAACCACAUUGACGUGGGCAAGAUUGUCGGGGGCGUAGUUGGGGGUGUUGCGGGAGUUGCCGUGAUCUGUGGCCUGAUGCUAUGGUUCUUUCUGUCUCGUCGGCGACAGAAAGCCCCAGUCCAGUCGCCUGUGCAACCCCUGGAGUAUCAAACCCAGGGUCAAAACCAUGGUCAGGCCCAAAGCUGGCGCCAGCCGCCGAUUGUGGAACUGGCAAACAUACCACAGGCUGUGAAAGAUAAUAAACUGACACAGCAUCAUGAGCUGCAUGGAUCAUCAGUGGUAGAAUUGCAGGAUUCACAGGCUGACACGCAGCACCGUGGUUGA